CCCCACAGGACUGCUCACCAGCCCAGGAGGAAGAAUUUCUGGAACAUGCCAAGUUCAUCACCGAGGACCUGGAGUGGCUGCUGGAACUGCCACACGACAAGUUCUGGUGUCAGGUGGUGUUCGACGAGUCGCUGCAGAAGUGCCUGGACUCGUACCUGCGUCACGCGCCCCGCGGCCUCGACUCCUCGGCGGCGCCCUCGAACCCCGGCCGUGGCGAGACAUGCAGCGCCACGUUCACAGGCACGUCUUCAUGGCCUUCCUCAGGAUGGCCACGCACAAGGAGUCCAAGGAGGACUUCAUAACUCCGGCUGUGUUCGGGGAGAUCAUCUACAACAACUUCCUGUUUGACAUUCCCAAGAUCCUGGACCUCUGUGUUUUGUUUGGGAAAGGCAUCCAGCUGCUCCACAAGAUGAUCGAGAACAUUUUUACCCAGCAGCCCUGUUACUAUGGAGACCUGGACGAGGCCGUGCCCUCCGUGUUACAGGUGUUUGACACGGUUCUCCAUAAGUGUGGGAUCCAGUGUGAGGGGGAGGAGCCUCUGAGGCUCAGCGCCCACGGACGGCCCACCGCCAUGACCAUGACUCAGCAGGACCUGGUGGAUCUGCUGCUCUACCUGUGUGACACCUGCACCACCAUCAACGCCUUCCUGGAUGUCUACCCCCCCGCCUGCUCCACCUUCCACACCCACAGCUUCCUUUCCAGGCUGGCCUCGUUCUAUGAGACUGUUGUGCCUGAGUUGGAGAAGGCUGUGAGGAAGAGGAACUUUGACAACAAGAGUGUUCAGGAGGACCUGUGGAGGAGGCUGUGUCAUUCUCGUAGGAGGAUGGUGCAGCUGGCUCACCUGCUGCUCCAACACAGCUGCCUGCAGCCAAUCCUGGAGGGGGGGGAGAACAUUCAGACGUUUGUGGAGGAACUCUUACAGCACCUCACUGCUUUCCUACCAGAGAAAAGGUUCCUGUGUGACUAUGACGAGCAGUUCCCCAUCGCUGACAACAUCAGCCUUCUCCAGCAGGCCUCUCCUCUCCUCGACGACACCCGGACCUCCUACCUGCUGCAGGGCGUGGGGAUCGCCUGGGAUAGCGUGGGCCGGAAGAGGCCCCGGGCCCGGGCCUCCCCUGGGCUGGGGGCCGUCCAGAGGGCGGAGGGGGAAGCAGGGGCCUGGGGAGGAGAGGGGGCCCUGGAGCCUGGGGAGGGAGGGGAGAGGCCCAGGGGCGCGGAGGCCAUGAUGGAUGUGCACCCGAAGGGAAACAACGGGGCGUCGGGCACCAUCAGUGCGGGGGAGCUGGAGUCCCUGCUGAGCCACAUCAGCGAGCUGCUCCCGGACCUGGGGGAGGGCUUCCUGCUGGCCUGCCUGCAGCAGUACGGCUACAGCUCUGAGCUGGUCAUCAACAACAUCCUGGAGGAGCGGCUGGCCCCGGACCUCCUCCAGCUGGACAGGGCCAUGCCCAGGCCGGUGAAGGAGGAGCCGGCUCCAGUACUGAGCAGCAGGUCCAACGUGUUCGACGACGACGAGUUUGACGUCUUCAGCAGGGAGCAGGUGGACAUGUCCCGCAUCUGGAAGGGCAGGAGGAAAGGAGAGAGCGCUCGCGACAUGCUCAACGACAAGAAGCACAUCGCCGAGCAGAAGGCCCGCUACCUCGCCUACGAGACGGUGGUGGACGAGGUCGUCGUCACGCCCGGCGACCCGGCCUUCGCCCUGGACGACUACGACGACGAGUACGACGACACCUACGACAUCAACCAAGUGGGCGCCAACGACCUGGACGGAGACAGCAACCUGCUCAACCGCAGGCCCUUCACCGUGCCUCAGGUGCUGCGUACGGGCGGCCGGCCAGCCCCGGAGGAGGAGGAGGAGGAGGAAGAGGAGCCAGAGGAGAGCGGCGGGGUGAAGAGAGACCAGUUUGUGCAGGACCCGGCUCUGCUGAGGGAGAGGGCGGAGGCCCGCAGAGCAACCAUGCAGCAGAGGAGAGGGUACAGACCAGACCCUCCCCCCAGCCAGGUGGGGGGGCGGCCCAAGGGCCAGGGCCAGACCCAGGACACCGUCCUGGACCGCCGCAAGAAGGAGGCUAACAAGAGCCGCGGGGCCAACCACAACCGCAGGGCCAUGUCUGACCGCAAGAGAACCAAGGGCAUGAUCCCCUUCUGAGGACCGUCACGGUGGUACCGACGAACUCACCUUGGAGACCUGCCAAGCAGACUGUGUGCACGAGAUAUGGAAGCGAUGGUGGCGAUGGGUCAGAAUGAGAGGAAGAGAGAGAGGGAGGACGGACGGACGGAGAGAUGGAGCAUGGAUCGGCCAUCCCAGAGAUAAAGGUCAAAGGUUGUGACCCCCGGUUUAGUUAACCUCCUGAAGGUCAGGGGUCUCCUGCAAUCCUCCUUCCCACUACCAAGGUCAUGUUCUAAGGGCUUUUUUAGGGUUCUGUGGUGAAGAAAUACUA